AUGGACCCUGUUGCAACGUCGCCACGACGAUUAGCUGUCCUCAUCUCGGGAGCGGGAACUAACCUUCAAGCACUGAUCGAUGCACAGAACACAUCGUCCCUGCCUAAUACCCGCAUCGUCCUUGUUCUUUCCAAUCGCAAAAACGCACGUGGUCUGAUACGCGCUUCCACCGCCUUGCCUCCGAUCCCUACCGCAUACCUCGGUCUUCAACCGUUCAUUAAAUCAAACCCCGGAAAGACGCGCGAGGACUAUGAUGUCGAGGUCGCGCGCAUUGUGUUGCGCGCAAAGCCAGACGCAGUCGUGUGUGCGGGAUGGAUGCACAUCGUGAGCGAGGGGUUCUUGGAUGUGUUUAAGGGGACGCGGGUAUUGGAGGGCGAGGAACUGCUUGCAAGGGAGGUACCUGUGAUUAACAUCCAUCCGGCUUUGUUUGGACAAUUUGAUGGUGCGCAUGCAAUUGAAAGAGGCUUUGAGGCGUUCCAGAAGGGGGAGGUGGAUGAGCUGGGCGUGAUGGUGCAUCGUGUGGUCAAAGAAGUCGAUCGCGGGGAGCCAUUGAUCCAGAGAAGAGUGGAGGUGGUGAAAGGGGAGGCGAUAGAGGCUUAUGAGGGGAGGCUACAUAAGGUAGAAUGGGAGAUUAUUGUGGAGGCUACUCGAAUAGUGUUGGAUGAGGUGCAACCGCCCCUGUCAAGCGACGGUUCAAGUUAA